AUGGUUAUUGCAACUCACUCUUUCUUUCCACUGUGUGUUUGAGAGAGAGAUGGAGAGAUCAAAGAAGAAGGUGCUGCUUUUCUACUGUGUGGAAGCUGAGGAUUUGGCACGCAAAGUUGCUGCUCAAUCCAACCUCAUCCAGCUUCAAUCCAUCAACUGGAGGAGCUUUGCUGAUGGAUUUCCGAAUCUGUUCAUUAAAAAUGCGCAUGAUAUACGGGGCCAGCACGUUGCGUUUCUAGGAUCGUUCAGCUCCCCUUCGGUCAUAUUUGAGCAGCUUUCGGUCAUUUACGCACUUCCAAUGUUGUUCUGUGCCUCAUUCUCUGUUGUGUUGCCAUUCUUUCCGACCGGCUCCUUUGAGCGAAUUGAAGAAGAGGGUGACGUUGCAACUGCGUUUACCUUGGCCAGAAUGCUGUCGAAUACUCCUAUCUCGAGGGGUGGUCCAACCAGUCUGGUUAUCUAUGAUAUACAUGCUUUGCAGGAGAGGUUUUAUUUUGGUGAUAGUAUUCUACCUGUUUUUGAGAGUGGGAUCCCACUAUUAAAGGAACGGCUUCAGCAACUUCCAGAAUCGGAUAAGAUAGUUGUUGCGUUUCCAGAUGAUGGAGCGUGGAAACGAUUCCACAAGUUGCUUGAUCAUUUUCCUAUGGUCAUCUGCAACAAAGUCCGUGAAGGCGACAAGAGAAUAGUGAGGAUAAAAGAGGGCAAUCCCGCUGGUUGCCAUGUCGUCAUUGUUGACGACUUAGUACAGUCAGGAGGCACCUUGAUCGAGUGUCAGAAAGUUUUGGCAGCACAAGGUGCAGCAAAGGUGAGUGCAUAUGUCACUCAUGGUGUGUUUCCGAAGAAGUCUUGGGAGCGUUUCGUUCACAAGAACGACAAUGCAUCUGAAGUUUCAGGGAAGGCGUUCGCCCACUUCUGGAUCAGUGACUCGUGCCCCCUGACCGUUGAAGCCAUCUCCGGAAAAGCUCCUUUUGAAGUGUUGAGCCUUGCAAAGUCUAUAUCCGACGCCCUCCAAAUCUAAGGCCCGAACGGCCACCGGAGGAAUCCAUUGCUCAACUAUGACUGUGUUACACUAGAGUUUUCAUUUUUGAAUGUAGAAUUUGGUAAUCUUGUAUUUUUUGGAUGAUAUAUAUUUGACUAUUUGGUAUUUUUGCCAA